CUGAAACUCCAGCACCUCGACCUCUGGGCCAGCCUCCAUGGCCAGGUUCCGGGCUUGCUGGACUGGGACAUGGGCAACGAGUCGUUCCUGGCCUUCACCACGGCGCACCUGCCCCUGGCAGAGCAGAACCUUGCCAGGUAUAGACUUCGAAUAGUUGAACCACCAAAAGUACCUGUGGGAAAAACGCCCAACUCUGAUAAAGAUGGCCCAGCUCUUGAGCCCAACCUGUGGAUGUGGGUAAACCCCAACAUCGUGUAUCCCCCCGGAAAGCUGGAGGUCCCAGAACCUCAUAAGGGAGAGGAUCUCCCAGGCACACUCCCCUCCCCUCAGCCAGCCCCCAAAGAGGAAGACUUUGCCAGCUGCUCAGAGGCCACGGUGGUGGAGUCACUGCCACCGUCCUCGCCCUCCAGCGAGCAGUCUCCCCCUCAGAAGCGGUUUGCCUCUUCCCCCAGCAACUGGGAGCUCACAGAAGAGGAGGAGGCUGAGGACCAGGAUGACAGCUCCUCUGUGGCUCUCCCGUCCCCUCACAAAAGGGCCCCCCUCCAAAGUCGGAGGUUUCGGCAAGCCAGCAGCCAAGAGGGGAGGCUCUGGUCCCGGCCCCCUCUCAAUUACUUCCACCUCAUUGCACUGGCAUUAAGAAACAGUGCCCCCUGUGGCCUCAACGUGCAACAGAUCUACAGUUUCACUCGACAGCAUUUCCCCUUUUUCCGGACGGCCCCGGAAGGCUGGAAGAAUACCGUCCGUCACAAUCUCUGUUUCCGAGACAGCUUUGAGAAAGUGCCGGCCAGCGUGCAGGGUGGCGCCGGCACGCGGCCCCGCUCCUGCCUCUGGAAGUUAACUGAGGAGGGCCGCCGCCGCUUUGCAGAGGAGGCCCGCGCCUUGGCCUCCAGUCGGCUGGAGAGCAUCCAGCGGUGCAUGAGCCAGCCAGAUGUGAUGCCCUUCCUCUUUGACCUUUAA